AUGCAUUUUUUAGGAAGACAAUCUAAUAAUUUAUCUGUAGGAAUCGUUGGGUUGGCCAAUAUUGGAAAAUCCACCUUUUUCCAAAAUAUAACACAUUCAAAAUUAGGAAACCCGGCAAACUACCCCUUUGCAACGAUAGAACCGUCACAUGCAAUCACUCAAAUUCCAAAUAAAAAAUUGGAUCAUUUGCAAAAAUUAUAUUCUGCCAAAAAAGUUACAUAUUCGACCUUAUCAGUUAUUGACAUUGCAGGAUUAACUAAGGGUGCAGCCGAAGGUAAAGGCUUGGGAAACAAGUUUCUUAAUGACAUCAAGCUUGUCGAUGGUUUAUUUCAUUUAGUACGUGCAUUUAAAAAUGAUGAAAUUACACAUUUAGAGCAAAAUGUUGAUCCUGUUAGAGAUUUAGGGUUAGUUCAGGAUGAAUUGAUUUUAAAAGACUUAGAUAUGAUUGAAUCAAUAAUAUCAGCGAAUAAUAAGAAGCUGAAUAGUGUGAGUAGAAACCACGGUGGUUAUAAUCUUAGGGGUGAGUUAGAAAAUGAGUUGCAUCUUUUUGAGCAUCUACAAGAUCACUUAUAUACUGGUCAAAAAAUUUCGAAUUUUAAGUCUAACAAUUGGACACAAGGUGAAAUCAACAUUUUAAACAAAUAUAAUUUUUUAACUAGUAAGCCAAGUUUAAUUUUACUGAAUGUUGACGCUGAAGAUUAUGUAGGUGGUAAAUGUGCAGAAAUGGAGGGUGUUAGACACUGGAGAGAUGAAUUUGCUCCAUAUGAUAAAAUAAUAAUUAUAAGUAACGAGUUUGAAUGUAAUAAUAAAGAUGAGACAAAAUCAGUUCUUCCUCGUAUUAUUCAAGAGACGAAGCAAAUGUUACACCUACUUAGUUUUUAUACUGUUGGACCUCAAGAAGUCAGAGAGUGGAAUAUUCGUAAAGGUAUUACAGCUAAGGAUGCAGCGGGUGUGAUUCAUACUGAUCUGCAAAAAAGUUUUCUACAUGCAGAGAUUAUUAAAUAUGAUGACCUUGUAGGAUCUACAGGGAAGAAUAAACUUCACACGCAGAAAGUGGGGAAAGACUAUAUAAUGCAAGGUGAUGAUAUCGUAUAUUUUAAGGCUACUAAAGGGAAAAACUAA